AUGUCACUCGCUGUAAUAUCAUCGUUUAAUAAGACAUAUCCAGUAAAUAUACCAGUUGAAGCUAUAUCGCUUAGUAAAGUUUCAGUCAUGAUUCUUGCACCGCGUAGAUAUUUGUUCUUCACCAAUAUCUUCAUAUUUUGCUUUAUUUACAUAUUGCAAAAGUUCAUUCAACUCUUUUGCAUUAUUGAGGAGAAAACCUGUAAAAAUUCUAAUUGUACUCCGGAAAAUCGUUGCCAAGAACGCUGUAUCACUUCAACACCACCAUCUUCGCUUGCUCCUGUAAAGCGCUUCACAUUGGUACCAUCAACUCUACGUAAAACUAUACGUAGCUUUGGAUUUGGAGAAGGUCACUUCAAAAUUUUUGUGGAAGAGAAACAACGCCAGCCAUCUCGUUUUAAUGCGGCUAUUGCUGAAAUGAAACUCAAUCCCAAUUAG